GAAUCACCCAAGUAUUUGAAUAAUAUUUAACGAAAAUUCGUUCCGCACAAGUUUCGUUUAAUUUUUUUUUGUAGUAGCGUAAUUUUGAAAAUGGGUAUGAGACAUUUUGUUUUUCUGUUUUUCGUGUGUGUGGUUCACGGCUUUACUUUGCCUUAUGAAGGAUUGUAUAAACUGGACAUAGUGCAUUAUAAUGAUUUUCAUGCAAGAUUCGAGGAAACCUCCGUCGAGACUCCAUCCUGCCGUUUCAACAACAACUCAUGCCUCGGCGGCUUCCCUCGCCUGUACCACGAGGUCCAGGUUCUGAUGAAGGAGAAGCCAGACGCCGUGCUCCUGAACGCAGGGGACAGCUUCCAGGGGACCUACUGGUACACGCUGCUGAAGUGGAACAUCACGCAGCAGUUCAUGAACCUGCUGAAUCAUGAUGCUCAUGCAAUUGGCAACCAUGAAUUCGACGACGGCCCCGCAGGCCUCGCGCCCUACCUCUCCGCUCUGAAGGCCCCGGUCCUUGCCGCGAACAUGGAUGUCAGCAAAGAGCCGUCUCUGCAGGGACUGUUCAAGCCCAGCAUCAUUAUCAAGAGGAAGGGCAGGAAGAUUGGGAUCAUUGGAUUGAUCACACAGGAUACUAAGACUCUUUCGUCAGCCGGCAACGUGGAGUUCACUGACCCCGGCGAGGCCACGAAACGAGAGGCCGAGGCCCUGACUAACCAGGGGGUGGACAUCAUCAUACUACUCUCUCAUUGCGGGUUGACAAUCGACAAGCAGCUCGCCCGUGACUAUGGGCAAUAUAUCGACAUUAUCAUCGGAGGGCACAGCCACUCUUUACUGUGGAAUGGACCAUCUCCUAGUGGUGAGGCCGUGGCUGGCCCCUAUCCCGUAUUCGUUGAGAACAUUGCUGACAAACAUCAGGUGCUUAUAGUGCAAGCAUCAGCGUUCACUAAAUACAUGGGAAACAUGUCCGUGUAUUUCAACUUCCGCGGCCGGUACGUGAAGUAUGAUGGCGGACCUAUAUUCCUUGAUCGAACCAUAGCUGAAGACGAAACUAUCAAAUCCAAGCUGGCUCCAUAUGCCAAGCUGGUUCACGAAGCAGAGAGCGUGCCCAUAGGCGAGACAGAGACCACGCUCAACUAUGAGGACUGCGUGUUCGGCGAGUGCGCUUUGGGAGACGUGUUGGUCGAGGCCCUCAACGACCACGCCAAAUCUGUAAUAAAGGUGGAUAAAGAUUACCUAUCGUUUAUCCAGCGGGGCAACAUCAAAUCAUCUAUACUCAAGGGAGCAAUCAGCCAAGGAUCGAUCUUUGAACUUCUACCCUACAACGACCGAAUAGAGACGUUUGAGUUACUGGGUAAACACGUUUUGGAGGCACUGGAGCGAAGUGUGCUUGAUGCCUGGGCCUACACGCCGUUCAAAGGGCCCUGGGUUCUUCAGGUAUCCGGUCUGCGCGUUGUGUACAACGUUACGCUGCCCGAAGGUAGUCGCGUCACGUCGGCAACCACGACUAAGGGAACCAAUCUGAAGCCCGACCAGAUGUACCAAGUUACGGCCCCGAUCUACUUGGCUGAUGGUGGAGAUGGCUUUACGAUGUUCAAAGAUAACAGGGUCAACAGACAAAUUAUAGGUCGCGACCAGAGACUGCUCGAAGCUUACAUCAAGAAGCAUUCGCCGCUGAACAUGGCCACGGAUGGACGUAUUAAAAUAAAUUAUUAGUGUUUAUCAAUGAAA